AUGUCCGAUCAAACUAGAGAUAACAAUGCCGGAAAUAAUCGAAAGUCAUAUUUUUGCCAUCAAUGUCAAAGGGAAAUAGAACCAAUGAUGGCUCCAAUGCCAACUUGUCCUUACUGUAAUAGCGAAUUCGUGGAAGAGAUCAAUGAAGAAAACGAUCCAAGAGACUUUGAACAAGGUGGAGGAGGUCAUGAUACGGACGAAGAGUAUGAAGAUAUGAAUGUUCCUUUCACCACGGGUAAUUCGACCAGUGGACCAAAUGACCUUGUGCGGCUCUUGCAAAAUAUUGUCACCACGGACAUUGAUGAUCGUAAUGAUGCACCCUUCUUCAGUAUAGCACAGUUAUUUCAAAGGAUGGUGGAAAAUACUGGAAAUAACAAUGCAAUCUUGAAUCUUUUUAAUAUCACUGGAGAUCCCAGAGAUUAUGCAUGGGGGUCAACAGGACUUGAUAAUAUUAUUUCGCAGUUGAUGGAACAGCAGGCUGGAAGGCACGCACCGCCUCCGGCUUCUGAAGAGAUCAUUGAAAAUUUACCAAAGAAGAAAAUUACUCAAAAGCAAAUUGAGGAACAAUUGGGUUGUCCAGUUUGUAAAGAUGAAUUUAAGUUAGAUGAAGAAGUAUUGUCAUUGCCCUGUUCCCAUGAAUUUCAUGGAGAUUGCAUAAAACCUUGGUUAAAAGUGAAUGGAACUUGUCCCGUCUGCCGAUAUUCGUUGGCAAGUCGGGACGAUAACAGAAGGAAUGAUCAGAAUCCUAACAACGGUACUGGACCUUCGGGCGACAACAAUAACAAUAAUAAUGGAUCCUCUGCGUCAUCAGGAUUUCGGUUCACAGCCAGCUCUUCUUCUGGUACGUCCUCCGGAAAUCAAUCGAACAAUAAUCAGCCAAAUCGACAAGGUCGUGGUCAAUUCGACAUGGAUUUGGAUAAUGAACCAUUGGAUUGA